AGUCUCGAUCGAACCUCCCCUGGCUGUUAUGUCGACGCGGACCCUGUCAGGCUGUAUGCUGACUGACUCACUUGGCAGCUGACUGGCUCGAUAUCUGGUUCCGCGCGUACCAGCAUCACAUAUAUAAGCAUAUAGGCUGGAUUAAUGUGAUCUUCGCUGCCAACACUACUUAUCUCCAUACAUCCACGCUGUCUGUUGCUUCAUCUCGCGAGGAUACUUAUAUACAUACCAUCGUUGUGUGUCUCGCUCGAACCUCAGCAAGAUGGCACUCCCGGACACCGACGUUAUCAUCUUCUACGACAUCCCGGGCACCGUUCCCGGCUCGGCCUGGUCGCCCAACACCUGGAAGACGCGAUUCGCUCUCAACUACAAGGGUCUUCCGUACCGCACGGAAUGGGUCGAGUACCCCGACAUCGCCACGGUGCUCCCCUCCCUCGGAGUUGAGCCUUCCACAGACUCGACGCCCUACACCCUCCCCGCGAUCUACGAUCCGCGUACGCGCAAGACGAUCAUGGACUCCAACAAGAUCUCCCUGUACCUGGACGAGACCUACCCCGACACCCCCGUGCUCCUAUCCGCGGAGACGCGUGUCUUCCAGACCGCCUUCGAGCACGCGUUCCGCUCGACGCUGCACAGUAAGCUCAUGCCGCUCAUCAUGUACCGCAUCGCCGCCACGGCGCUCAACCCGCCGAGCUCGAAAUACUUCUUCGAGACACGCGAGAAGGCCUUGGGAGUCAAGCUCGAGGAGCUCAGCCCGCCUGGCUCAGCGAAGCGCACGGAGCUCUGGGUGGAGGCGGAGAAGGGGUUCACCAUUGCGGCGUCGUGGUUCGAGGCGGCUGGAGACGGGAGGUUGCUGUUGAGCGGCGACGGCAAGGUGACCCAUGCGGACACUUAUGUCGCGGGCUGCUUGAUCUUUGUGCGCCUCAUUUGUGGGCCGGAGAGCGAGGAUUGGAAGCGCGUCGAGGGCUUGAAUGGGGGGUUUUGGAAGCGCUACUUGGCCGCCUUUGAGAAGUGGGCGGAUACAAGCCGCUAAGAACUGCGGCAGUAGAACCAGGACGAACGUCCGUUAUGUACAUAUAGAUCCGCAAUCUUGUUCGAACGGACCGGGAUGGAUUGUCUUGUCAUAGCCCUCGAUGACAAGUUCGCACAAGCAUUGAUGUAUCCGAGGGUCA